UGGCAGACGGAGGGAAGUGCUUCCUGAUAGCAGGGAGGUGCGUCUUACUUCCAUUCCAGUGAUUGACUGCACACGGCUUUCACCGCCGGAGCUGUGGGGGCAUUGACGCAUUGUGGAGUCGACAGGGGGGAGCACUGCAACCCCGGCUUCGCUUCACAUCGGAGGCAUCUAUCGGCGAAACCCGCCAUGGCCGUGGUGCAGCUCGAAACGGGGGACCAUCAACCGGAGAACGGCUUCGUGUCCCCCGAAACCACGUCGCCGGGGCUGCUGACACGCAUCGACGGCGCCGUGCUGCCGUUUCUCGGGGGAUUUGGGAAGUACCAGAAACAGCUGAUCGUGCUGACAUGGAUCCCGGCGAUAUUUAUCGGAUUCAGCCAGUACUCUGAUAAUUUCCUCCUGGCCCAGCCGAACAACACAUGCAUCCAGCCCUUGGCUAACGUGACCAACCAGAGUGCGGGUCACUCCUCGCUGCUAGACGGUCCGAGGAACGGCAGCGCGCGGCCGGCUUCUAUUUACGCCAAUGGAAGUUACCUCAGCAGCGGCGGCGGCGGCAGCGGCCACAAUGACACGACCAGCAUGGAGUGUCGGUGCAGAGAGUGGACCUUCGAGCUGCACACCGGACUCGUGCAGAACGUGGUCACUAAGUGGAGUCUGGUGUGCGACUCGGCAUGGAAAGUCCAUAUUGCAAAGUUCUCCCUCUUGGUCGGAUCCAUCUUUGGAUACUUGGUGUUUGGAAUACUUGCUGACUGGUUUGGCCGCCACCCAGUGCUCAUCAUAUCGGUGCUCUUCAUGCUGGUGUUCGGUCUCACCGUGGCGUUUUCUGUCAACGUUCCCAUGUUCAGCACCUUGCGCUUCUUCGAGGGCUUCUGCCUGGCAGGGAUCACCCUUUCUCUCUACGUCCUCAGGAUCGAGCUGUGCCUGCCAGGAUGGCGAUUCUCCAUGACCAUGGUGGCCAGUUUUGUGGUUUUGGGUGGUCAGCUGCUGAUGCCCAUGGUGGCGUACCUCUGUGGCGACUGGCAGGUACUUCAAGCUGUCAUCAUCUGUCCCCUGCUGCUUAUGCUGUCCUACAUUUGGAUCUUCCCUGAGUCACUGCGUUGGCUGCUGGCCACUCAGCAGUACUGCCGCUCCAAGUGGAUCAUGGGACACAUAGCGAAGAAGAAUCGAGUGAACAUGGAGCUCGACACUGACAACAUCCUCACAGAACUCCAAAGAGCUCUUCAGAAGAAGCCCAAAAAGACGUGCAUCGUGAAAAUGGUGGGGACGAGAAACCUGUGGAAGAACAUCGUGGUGCUCUGCGUCAACUCGCUAACCGGCUAUGGGAUCCACCACUGCUUUGCCCGCAGCAUGAUGGAUCAGGAAGCCAUGGAGACCACCAUGUUCCAUAACUUCUAUGCAGACUAUUACACGAUGGCGGGCAUCGCGGUGGCGUCGUGCAUCGCGCUGUGCCCCGCCGUGGGCCUGAUGGGCCGGCGCGGUGGCCUCCUUAUGUUCAUGAUCAUCACCGCUCUGGCCUCGCUGCUGCAACUGGGCCUGCUCAACCUGCUGGGGAAGUACAGCGUCCACCUGAACAUCGAUAGCUCAGAUACGCUGAAUAAGAACUUCUCCGUCGCCUUCUCCAUCAUCGGCAUGUUCUCCUCCCACGCAGUCAGCAACCUGAGCAUCUUCUUCUGCGCUGAGAUCACACCCACUGUGAUCAGGGGUGGUGGUCUGGGCCUGGUCCUGGCCAGCGCCGGCUUCGGCAUGCUGACUGCACCCAUCAUGGAACUCCACAAUCAGAAGGGCUACUUCCUUCACCACAUCAUUUUUGCCUGCUGCACUCUCAUCUGCAUCAUUUGCAUUCUCCUGCUGCCUGAGACUCGCUACCAGCCGCUCCCCGAGACCCUGGCCGAUGGCGAGAGCUACACUCGCCAGCCUCUGCUUCCCCCGAAGAAACCUGGAGAACAGCGCCUCUUGCUGGCCCAGUCCGAGAGCAGCAGGGACUACACCAGAGUGCACGACACGCCGCUCCACGAGGCCGCGGCCACCGCAGUGUCCACCAUGGAUUCCACCGCCUCGUCGGCCGUUGAUCUGACGGUCGGAGAUAUAUCCGCCCCCAUGUUCAUGGAGGUGUACCCCGGAAAGCCUGAGCCUAAAGACCCCAACGGUCACUCGGUUUCGUCCACGCCCGCGACCCCGGUCGCGGCGCAGGCUAAAGACGGCAUCAUACAUGCCACUAAAGAUCACCUGCUGUCUUCCAGUCUUUUACAAAACGCUCCAUCUGUCACAGACCCACUUUUAGCUGAUGCCGAUGAACCUCCAGCAAUAGUCUUGGAAUCGGUUGAGCCACUUUCGGAUUCUACGCCUCUUGAAAUGAACGACGUUGGCGAAUCCCCGACAGAAGAGGCAGACAUCAUCCCUGUCACGUCACUGGACACGUGCACUCCCACCAUCUCUCAAAACGUCCCUGCCUCUUUGCUGAUCUGCACCACACCCAUCAUAGAACCCCCGCCCAGCUCCACGUUAGAAUCCCCGAACCCGCUGGGCAACGACAUCGACACGAUCGACGUAACACCUGACCCGCCUUUGCCGGAGGAUGCUAACGCCGCUUUAGCAGACUCCCCAACUCCAUCUCUACACGACAGCCUCCCUCCCUCCCCCGUUCCCGUGACAGACUGUGACAUUUCCACUGACCCCCCGCCCUCCAUUACCUCACACUCUGACAUUCCCAUCCAGUUAGAAAUAGUAGAUGAGUCCACAACUUCCCCUUCCGCUAGAGACUCCCCCAUACCCUCUGUCAUAGACUCCCAACUGCCUCAGUUAGAUUCUACCUCUCCAUAUGUUGAAGGUACUCAUUCCUCUACUCCCCCGAGCCCAGUCGCUGCUUCCCCGUCACCCACACCCCCUCCGCCCAUCGACUUAGGCCUUGUGCCCUCAGCGGACUCUUCCCCUGCCCCGGCCAUACAUACUGUCAACACCCCUGCACCGGCUCCCACCAUUCUCCCCGUGACAGACAUUGCGCACCCCUCCACUCCAGAAUCAGCCGCUCUGACUGUACCAGGUUCAGCUGCUUCCCCGGUCUUAGAUUCAACCUCCAUCACAGAUUCAGGCUCCACAGAAGCCACUCCCUCCUCUCUAGUGGACUGCACAGUGUCCUCCCCCAUAGACUCCGGCGUCCUCUCUAUCAGGGACAGUGCCAGCACAGAAAACAACACUGUCAACGGCAUGGCGUCGUCAUGAUCCAGCGCUGCCGCCAGGAAAUGAAGCUUUAGGCGCUGCACCAGGAGGCGAUCUAACCCACAUGAGAAACAGCAGGAGAGGGUGGGGGAGGGGGGUGGGGAGGCAAGAACUUAUCCUGCUCAGACUUCAGGCGCUUAAUGAAGACUGUUCCCACCUGGAGUGGAGUAGACGUGGAUUCACAGAGCUGCUGUACGUUUCUUAAAGCCCGCCCCCCCCCCCUCGUGCAUUUAGCCAAUAAACGAGACCACGCAAGUGAGAUAGCGAUAGACCGAGAGCGAGAGAGAGUGCCACAGGCUGGUUUGUGACGACGUGACAGUAAACUUCUGCUCUUCAUUGAAUGUCACUGGAAAUCACCAGCGAUUAAACUACUCUCAUGUAAAUGAAUGGGAAAUCAUUGUCUGUUGUUUUUAAAGAGACUUCAAACUAUACCCACAAUCACUGAGACGUGUCAUCAGCACUGGUGAAGAAAUGCAAUGAUGUUUAAAACAGGAAAAAAAAAAAAAACAGAAAAGAAAAAGAAGAAAAAAAAAUCACUGGUACUUUUGUUCGAAUGUCCGUCUGACGUAUUUGUAUAAGAAAAAAUGUCGCCUUACCUGUAUGGACAAGAAAAUCUGAAUGUUACAAAAAGUACUUUUUUUUUUUUUUGCCAUUAUAUAGGUAAACAAUCUAAAUUGGGGUGAUUUUUUUAUUUUUAUUUUUUUUUUAAAUACAAUGCCAAAAACUACCCUGACCAAAAUUCAAAGCAGACAUAGUGCCAAAAUGUGAGUAGCGAUACAGUAUUUGCCUGUUUGGGGGAAAUGCUGUUUAGUCCCCUGCCAUAGAUUGUUUGUGGAUUGAAGCGAAAUCAGAUUUUUCGAGAUUCUGAAAUCCAGGAGAAGACUGAAAGCUGAAUGAUCAUUUGGUGAAUUAGUCUGAGCUUAACUGCUUUCGUGGUUCAUUGUACGAGCAGUGGUAUCAGUGAAAACAAUGACCCAUGUUUUGUUGGUCCGAAGAAACUUUUAUUUUUUCAAUCGUUUCAGCCAAUGAAAUUUAUGGUAUGCAAAUGAUUUUCUUUUUUUUCUUUUUCUUUUUUGUUUUUUUUUUGUAAAUGUGAUAAUGUAAGUAAAUGGAUAAUUAGUUGUUGAGCUUGAUUCUGUUUUUUUUUUAAAUUCAAAGUAUUAUUUUAAAUAAUCUCCCAUGGCGUGCCCUUAUUGUACAAAGCUAUACUUCAUUCUUACAGUAUUCGUGGCACCUCAGUGUGGUGGCACUUUAUUUUUUAUUUUUUUUGCAGUGGGGACAAAAAAAAGCAUGAAAAUUAUUGUGAACGUGUCAGCAAAGCAAAACUAUCAAAAGAAAAAAAAAAAAAAGGACUAAAAGCUAUUUUUGAAAUGAAACCCAUGGAUGACAAAAAUGUUUGACGUGACUGCCGACCGGCGCAGCGUCGCUAACCUUUCAGUGUGUUUUCCGAAUCAUUUUCUGGCCAUUAACAUAAGUUCAUGGAUGCCAUUGUGUUCAUACAUUCACACGCACAACUAAGUUUACCUUUAAAAGAAAAGAGAGGAGGAAGAAGAAAAACAAAGGCAAUACUUAAUACAUUUGUCAAAAUGACAUUUUUAAAAAUGCAGGUCACAUCCUGACAGGUAGACGAACCUGUUGAUAUUCUUCAAUUGACUCUUGCUUAAGGAAGCACUUUCACUUCCGUCUGUGGACAACAUUAUACUUGAUUCAAAUCUGUGUGUAACUUGACAGUUGGAGGAGGUUGUCAUAUUUGUCUAAAGGAUGAGGUGUGAUAUACCACUGUUUACAACAAUCCUCAUAAUAACAAUAAUGAUGAUAACUAAUAAUAAUAAUAAUGAUGAUGAUUACACUGUACUGUAAGCCUUUAGAGCCAACUGAAUGAUGUCUUGUCAUUUCAAAUGUGAUGAAACUCUCACAGUAUCUCAUAUUACGUGUAUCCAGGGAGUAUUGGCGAUCUAUUAAGAUGUCAUUCAGGAGUCAAACACAACACCAGACUUGACGUAUGAUGUUUUUUGUUUUGUUACCGUCUUGUGGUACAUGUAUGAAGAACCCUACAGGUGCUUCACUCGCACGAAAAUUGGCUUUUGUCAAAGUGCACUGAUGAAAGCCUCCGUGUUUCAGUGACUCAGCAAAAACCUACCUGAGGUUCCUCAAAUGCAGCUUCAAUCAAAGCGCGAGCGCUCUAAUCUGGACUGGCUCGUUGGGUGGUCUUUUAAUAGAUCGUCGAGUCGUUACUGUUAUCGAAACGUUCAUUUAAUGUCGAUGUAUGCCGUGCUGCUACGCCUCAAAGCACAAUGACCUGCAAUCAUAUGAUGUCAGAUUUGGUGGAGUUUGGACAGUAAAAGAUAAAGAAAAAAAAAAAGGGAAAAUGGAGUGGGGUUUUAAGAAAAAUGACUUCUAACUCUUGCAAUAGAUCCGCAUGGAAUCUACUUUGUGGAGGAAGGGUGUUGACGCUGGAUUUAAUUUGAAAUUCUUGGCAUCUGCAGUGGAGAGUGGGUUGACUGCAGUGGUCGGUAGCUUCACAUUACUCCGAGUUCUCGUUGUCUGUGAGUGUUGGUCUUUCUAUCUCAGUGUGCAGAAAUUGAAUCGUGUAUCGCCAAACCCCCCCCCAUCCCCAUCCCCAUCCCCGUCCCCAUCCCCAUCCCCAUCCCCGUGCAACACCAGUGUAAAGUCAGUGACACAGCACAAUACUACCAGUGUCUUCUCUGAGAUCUGUUGCUUCCACUUUCUCCCGUGCAGCUGAUGGGAGCUAUUACAUCCCUUUGGUUUGACUUUAUUAGGAGUAAGAAAAAAAAAAGUUCAGUGAAAGCAAUCCAAAGCAAUGUCAGCACCAGCGGUAGGGUAGACUGGUAGACACUAGUUGGAAAAAGCAAAAAAAAUAAAAUAAAAACAAAUAGACUGGAUUAUGCCUUUGUAAAUAGUAAGCGUGUGGAAACAUCCGGUUUUCAGCAAAAUGAAGGAUCGCGGAAUCGGAGCAUUGAACUGGCGAGACUUGUUUCGAACUUGGCAAAUACGUACGAGUCUCUGAGACGCAAAGUCGAGUCACCCGGUGUACACAUUUCAGGUUUUGCUUCUCUCAGCCGUGCGACUACGAAUCUCUUUGAUGUGGAGAUUUGAAUGAAUGUAAAAAAAAAAAAAAGACAAAACAAACAAAAAAAAAAACAUGGAUUGUACCAUUUAUAAGUUUCCAAUUGUUUGGUUUCAUUUUUUGUUUUAUUUUGUUUUAACAGACAUAAUGCACUUGUACAUAAGCCAUACCUGUUGUUAAAAUAAACCACUAUUUAUUGAUCAA